ACCAGGACCCCGCGAGGAUGACUCAAGCGGAGAAGGGGGAAGCGGCGGCGGCGGCGGCGGCAGAGAACGGGAAGGACAAAGAGCGCGACAAGGAGAAGGAGCAGCGCGGCGCCAAGAGGCCCAUCGUCCCCGCCGCGGUGCCCGAGUCCCUUCAGGAGCAAAUUCAGAGCAACUUCAUUGUGGUAAUCCAUCCUGGUUCUAUGACCUUAAGGAUCGGAAGAGCUACAGACACACUGCCUAUUGGCAUCCCUCAUAUCAUUGCAAGAAGACACAAGCAGCAAGGACAGCCCACGUACAAAGACAGUUGGCUUCUAAGAGAAGGACUCAAUAAACCCGAAAGUACUGAACAAAGACAGAAUGGCCUUAAAAUGGUUGACCAAGCAAUAUGGUCCAAAAAGAUGUCAAAUGGUGCCAGACGUAUACCAGUGUCACCUGAUCAGGCCCGGUCUUAUAAUAGACAGAUGCGACCUGCUAUUUUAGAUCACAGCUCUGGGACAAAAUGGACAAACACUGCCCAUCACCCAGAAUAUGUCAUUGGAGAAGAGGCAUUGUAUGUUAACCCUUUGGACUGUUACAAUGUCCAUUGGCCUAUGCGACGAGGACAGUUGAACCUUCACUCAGGCCCUGGUGGUUCCCUCACCGCAAUCCUAGCUGAUCUUGAAGUUAUAUGGUCAUAUGCAAUACAGAAAUACUUAGAAAUACCUCUGAAGGAUUUAAAGUAUUACAGAUGCAUUUUACUAAUUCCAGACAUCUAUAAUAAGCAGCAUGCGAAAGAAAUAGUCAAUAUGAUCCUGUUGAAGAUGGGCUUCUCAGGGAUAGUGGUGCACCAGGAGUCUGUCUGCACUACCUUUGGCAGUGGCUUAGGUAGUGCCUGUGUUGUUGAUGUGGGAGAUCAGAAGACAAGCGUCUGCUGCGUCGAAGACGGUGUUUCACAGCGUAACACCAGAUUAUGCCUUGCAUAUGGAGGUUCUGAUGUAUCAAGAUGUUUUUAUUGGCUUAUGCAGCGUGCUGGCUUCCCUUACAGAGACUGCCAGUUAGCUAAGAAGACAGACUGUCUUCUCCUCCAGCAGUUAAAAGAAACGUUUUGCCAUUUAGACCAGGAUUUAUCUGGACUGAAAGAUCAUGAGUUCCAAGUCCGUCAUCCAGAUUCACCAGCUUUGUUAUAUCAGUUGCGCUUAGGAGAUGAAAAACUACAGGCUCCAAUGGCAUUAUUUUAUCCAGCAACAUUUGGAAUUGUGGGGCAGAAAAUGACGUCCUUGCAACAAAGAUCGCAAGGCGAUUCUGAGGAUCCACAUGAUGAACAAUAUCUCUUAGCUACACAAAGUAAGCAGGAACAGACUGCAAAAGCAACAGCUGACCGGAAGACCAUGUCCAAGCCCGGUGGAUUUGAGGGAGAUCUGCGUGGCCAAUCUGCAAGCAUUGCUGAAAAUCUCUAUCCCCCUGAAGUGGAGUUAGGUUCUUCUCAUGGCGACUGCAUUAUUGGUGGAAAUGAGUCUGAAGAACCACUAACAGCUCACAUGUCCAGAAAAACAGCUGUAUCUCAGUUUGAAGGGAAAGCUUUAGGCCUCGACAAAGCGAUUCUGCACAGCAUUGACUGCUGUGCAUCAGAUGAUACCAAAAAGAAAAUGUAUAGUUCUAUCCUGGUUGUAGGAGGUGGUCUGAUGUUUCACAAAGCCCAAGAAUUUCUUCAGCACAGAAUUCUCAACAAAAUGCCCCCUUCUUUCCGGAGAGUUGUUGAAAAUGUAGAAGUCAUUACAAGACCAAAGGACAUGGAUCCUCGUUUGAUUGCUUGGAAAGGUGGAGCUGUUCUAGCCUGCCUGGAUACAACACAGGAGCUCUGGAUAUAUCAACGAGAAUGGCAGCGCUUUGGUGUCCGUAUGUUACGUGAAAGAGCUGCUUUUGUAUGGUGAUCCAGUGAAAUUUUAGAGAUGAUGAAAUGCUGAUUAUUACUUUUCCCCUUGAUAAUCCAAAAGAAAUGAAAGGUCCUGAUUUUUGUGUUUUUAAUAAAAUAAACA